AUGCUAUCAUCCGGAACUCAAGUUGCGGAAACCCAUGUCGAACUGCAAAAAAUCUGGCUUAGCAGGAUGUUCCCCCAACCGUCAGCGGAGUGCCCUGUCCAUGUCACUUCGGCUUGUGCAUUAGAUCCAGGAAUCCAAAGAUUAUCCAAAGGCUGGGCAGGUGAGGUCGUCCUGUCUUAUGAGGGCCAUCGGGAGAGAGAAAGCACGCAUCCUGUGGAUCGUUGCAUGCUUCAUCCUCCAUUGCCUGGAUUGACUGGAAAGGGCACUAUUCGAUUAAAGGUUGAUGGACCUGUCAGAACAGGAGAUCAACACAGUGCUCAACUUGUUACCGUCCACAUGGUCGAUAAGACUCCAGAGAUAUCAGACUCGAUACCAACUGAUAAGUAUCUAGUCGCUAAGCUCUACGAUCCCCUUUACUUUGACCAUGAGCAAGAUGAUGUGGAUCCUUUUCGCUAUACGGACCUAGCAUACUCUCAUGAAACCGCAGCCUACCGACUGCUCUGUCCACUUGAAGGAACCGUCAUUCCAAGAUAUUAUGGGUCCUUUACACUUUAG